GGGGUGAUUAGCCGCCAGGGCCCGUCUCUCGGCUCCUGUGCCCUCCUAGGGAUCUGCGAGGAGCUCCGGGCUCACGGGACUCCUGCUUGGGGACGAGGUGUGCGCCGCCAGCCCAGCCCUCCAGGAGGAUCCCAGAGGGGUAUCCCUACAGGGACCCAGCACCCACCCUGUAUGUCUGUGUGUCCCCUUCCAGUCUGCUGCCUUGGACACCUGUGAGCCGGAAUCCAGUCAAGCCUCCAGCUGCCUGUGCCAUGGAUCCCAAGGGCAGCAAUGGUUCAUGCCUCCAGGAUGAGCGUAUUACAGACUUGCUGGUGUUUGGCUUCCUUCAAAACUGCUCCAACUACAAUUUCCACAAAGAGCUGCAGGUGUUGGGCCAUGACCUAUCUGUGCCAGCUUGUCUAUGGGAAAACCAUGACGAUGAACUGCAGACCGAUGGCAGCCAGUACAGCCACUUUGUCCUGGAGAGCCGGGAGACAGAUUCUGAGAGUCAAGAUGAAAUCAUCCAGAAUAUCGCCAGGCAACUUGCCCAUAUAGGGGACAGGAUGGACCGCAGCAUCCCCCCAAGACUGGUGAAUCACCUGGCAAUACAGUUUAUGAAUGGGAACCUGUCAGAGGAAGACAGAAGGGAGUGCCUUGCUGCUGCCCUGGAGCAGGUCAUGCACACUUAUCCUAAAGACAUGGAAAAGGAGAAGACCAUGCUGAUGUUGACCAUGCUGUUGGCCAAAAAGGUGGCCGAUCACACACCAUCCUUGCUCCAUGAUGUCUUUCGCACAACAGUGAAUGUUAUUAAUCAGAACCUACUCACCUAUGUGAGAAACUUAGUCAGAAAUGAGAUGGACUGAAUGGAUGACUGCAAAGCGUGUCUGGUUACAGUGGUUCUCAACCUUCCUGAUGCCGCGACUCUUGAAUACAGUUCCUCAUGUUGUGGUGACCCCCAACCAUAAAAUUAUUUUCGUUGCUACUUCAUAACUGUAAUUUUGCUACUGUUAUGAAUCGUAAUGUAAUUAUAUAUGUGUUUUCUGAUGGUCUUAGGCAACCCCUGUGAAAGGGUCGUUCGACUGCCAAAGGGGUCGCGACCCACAGGUUGAGAACCACUGGGUUAAAACUUGAUACAGGACAGCAGUUAGCUGCCUCUGGUGGAGAUGGAGUCGUGACCACUUAGAGUUCUUAGAGAAGACAGGCACAAGAUAACAGUUAUUUAUUUCUCACUAUUUUUAACGGUGAUGUUUUAGGCCCAUGACCCAUUUAGAAAUCUCUACAGUAACGUACUUGAAUAAAAAUGUCAAGUUGGACAUAUUUGAA